GAAAAGCUUCAUUGAAGCGGGCAGCACAGGAGAGCAUGUACUGGACAGCGUAUUCUAACCAAUUGAAAUUAUUUGGUAUCUGCAUAGUACAGAGUUAAAUUGGCAUAUUUUAUUAAUACCAUUUAAGGGCUGAACAGAUAGUAUUUGAAAAAAUUCUAGACUGAGGACAGUUUUUCAUUCAACAUUUUCUUAUGAGAGAUAUUUUAAACAAUACAUUUAAUGAGACAUAUUUUUUAAGAGAAUGCAACUGAAAAAGAGAGAUUAGGAGAGAGGUAAACCAAAAAGCAGCAAUUGCUAUAGAUGGGUUUGCUUUGAAAGGCAUGUUCCUAUUAGACAGUGGGGAAGGAAACUCAAAAAUACAAAUAAUAAUAAAACAGCAAAAACAACAUGCCUUCUCUAAUCAGUCUAUACGAACUGGCUAACUUAUCGAUUGGCACCCCCGAGGUGGGUGCAGUGAACUUCAACGCUCUCCAUGCUUUACUGCAUGCCAUCUUGGGACACCUCAACAUCCAAGAUGUGAAGACCGAGCUGAGACCCGAGGACCACGACUUCCUGAAGCCUGCCCAGGGUCUGCUCAUCCCUCCAGGGAACGGGGUGAAGGAGGAAGAUGGGGGCUCCCAGGAGGAGCACAGAGCAAAAGCAAGCCCUUACCACAGCAUGGAGAAGAAGCUGCUGCAAGUGGAGAUGCAGAUGAGUGCCCUGAGCCAGCUGCCCAGCGGGGGGGUCCUGCUCGAGCGCACCAAGGAGAGUGGUGGGGGCGCCAUGCCAGUCAGCGACAUGUGGCAGAUGAUCCAGAUGAAGAGGAAGGUGGAGGCCAACAAGGAAGGCGUCACCAAGGCCAUGUCACUGAUGCAUGAGCUAAUGAUGGAGAUCAAUGAGCUGAAGAAAUCCAGGGACGAGCUGCAGGUCGACAUGCGCAAAGCCAACGAGAAGCUUUCCACCAUAAAUAUGAAUGAACUGAUGGCCAAACUGGACAAUCUGGAUAAAUUACUGCAUGUUCAGCAGGAGAGAAUGUCUCUGUACCCCAGCCCAGAAGACCUGGGUAACUUGGUUAGCUGGGGAGAGCUUCAGGAAAGCCUGGUGAAGGAGAAGGUGCAACUAGAGCAGGAAAUAAAGGAUCCUCAACACCAAACUGUAUUCCAGGCACAAGCCUCACCAUCACCCAGCCCUGAGCUUCAACCUUCCCCUAACCCCCAAACUCCACCCCCUUCCUCCUCCUCCAAACCCCAGAGCCCCCAUCUGUCCUCACGCUCCUCCACCUCCUCCCGGGCCAGCAGUGGGAAGGACUGCUACCCGGAGACGGUGGAAGCUCUGCGGCAUGUGGGCCAGCUGACAGAGAGACACAAGGCCCUGGAGGAGCGAAUCACAAGACUGGAGAAAAUAAAGGCUGACCUCGCUGACCUGGAGCAGCUCCGCACAGAAAAGAAACCUGUAGCCAUUCCUGAUGACCUCCUGCUGGAGCUGGCCAAUCUGAAGAAAAGCAUGGAGAAAUGCAUGGCUGACAGAGAGAAGGGGGGAGAGGCGUUGACUGUGAUCCAGAACACCAUUCUGCAGCUGCAGGCCGAGUGUCAGAAACUGAACAUCACAGCCAGCGAGCUGGUGGAGGACCACAGCAAGAAACAGAAGCACAUUGAUCAUUUGUACGAAUCUGUGGACGGUCUGGAUAAAAAGAAGGCUGACAAAGAGGUUGUGGAAAUGGAGAUCGAUGUUAAAGCAGACAAGCUAGCUCUGGAGUCAAAGGUCAGCCGUAUGAAGUUCGACGCCACCACGGAGCAGCUGAACAAGAUGUUCCAGGAGCUUCUGAACAAGAUGUCUGGCCAGGAGAGCGACUGGAAUAAAGUCAUCGAGAAGAUCUCCAUGGAGAUGGAGCUGAAGUUGAACCGGAUGGAGCUGGAUCCUCUGAAGAAGCAGCUGGAGGACCGGUGGAAGAGCGUCCGCAAGCAGCUGCAGGAAGCCCCGCAGAUCAAGCUUGGUGACGCUGCUGGCAUCAGAAAGCAGCUGGUGACUCGGUUCAACUGUAUCUCGUGUUCCAGACCCGUGGACAUGAUGGUGCCUCCCCCGCACUUAGUAAGCAUAUCCACUGGGUUUCCUGGAAACAAGACCCACCGGCCCUACACAGUCUAUGAGCUGGACAGCAUCCGGCAGCACACACGCUGUGACCGGAUCAGGGAGCUGUCUGACCUCAGCUACCUGGGCCCUGUGCGGAGCUGUGGGGGGAGCCACACCAUGACCUUCUCCCAGCGGCGUUACCCCCGGGUGCAGCUGUUCCCAGAGACCAUACCACCCGAGGAGGAGGUGCCAGAAGUACCCGUCCAAUCCAAGGAGGAGAUUGACAUCCUGGGGCUGGACGGAGUCAUCUACAAGGGCCGGCUGGACCAGCGUCAGAAAGCCUCGAUGCUGGAACCCAGGCAGGGCUUACAACUGGACUGCAGGCCAGAGUCCAGGCUUCCUGACAUCGCAGAGACAGAUGCCAACCAACAUAAACUGAGCCGGGCCACAUGCCAAAAUCUGUCCGGCUAUGAGUCCAUGACUGGGGCUCCCGUCCGCCCCCAGAGUGCCAGAAUACCACGCAGCCGAUCAGCCUCAGUUCGCUUAUUGAGGGAGCGCCCCGUGUCAUCGCUGGGCUGGAUGCCUGAUGGCCCCCCCCAGGCCACGCCCCCCACGCCCACGCCGCCAACGUCCCCGAUGGCGGGUGUCGACGAGCAUCCUCGAGGUCUGGAGACCCUGCAGCUUAGGAUAGACAUGAAUCAGUCAGGACAGGAGGAGCCGGUGACAACACUGUGAUACUGCACUCCCCACAGCUCACUGUGCACAAUCAACACACACUGCAGCACACACACAAUUCCAAGUUAUAAUAAACUCACGCUGCCAUGGUAGAAACCUACACUCAUUCCUUCAUUUCUGAACUCUAGAAUGCAGGGAUAUUGAGAAGGUGAGCCAUUGGCCCCCUGUGUUAAUACAACAGUUCAGCUUGAAGACCAGCAACAUACUGCUUCAGAACAGUAGUGAACUGAAACUUUAAACUCAGACAGGCAAAAUGUCUCCAUUCCAAUCAUGUCCUAAAUGAGUUAUCUGACUCUUGGCGGGACGUGUUUGGAGAAAAGACCUGGACUGGAAUGGGUUUCAAGGGCCAGUGUUGUGCACUGCUGUCAUAUGACAUGGUUUCAAGCCAAACAGAGAGCAAAAUUGUAUAAGCUUAUUAGCUGAUGAAUCUAUAGCGGCCAUGUCUUAUCCAAUCUGAAGCCCCUUCUUAAUGAAUGUACAGGUAGAGUGGGUAUCCAUAGCAACAAGCACUCACAAAUAUCUCCCCAAGCAAAAAAGAAAUUGGAUGUGGGUGCACAUGAUUUCUCUAUUAUUAUUAUUAUUAUUAUUAUUAUUAUUAUUAUUAUUAUUAGUUAGUAAGUUCCAGCACAAGAGAAAUUUAGGUUGUCUAGUACUUAGAGUGAAUGUUAAUUUGCUCAAUAGUUUCUUAAUUUGCCCCACAUCUUUACAGGCCUGUAUAUUUUUAGCCCUUUUCCUUUUAACAGGGCUUGAUAAAACACUCAGGAAAGCAUUGAUGAAUGGGAGGUACAGACCUCUACCAGGACGGAUGUGAAAGCAGUGUAUAGUGAGGGGGUGCGGGAGCUUUUGGAGUCUAUGAGGACAUGUUGACCGCAUUUACUGAAAGCAGUCUGAAAUCAGAACAAAAUCUCACCCCGGUCCUAACUGACGACGUCAGGAUUUAGUCUAUUCUGGGAAUAAUAAACCUGUAAUAUCUGUAUAAGUUCCAGUUGCUGUCCAAAGUCAGUCAGCUUUGUACCUCAGGAGGGGAGUCAGGAGAGUAUUAGAUCAGGUGCUAUUGUACAUGUACAUUUUCUGGAUCUGCAGGACCGCAUCACUUUGUGAAUUUCAUUUCUAGAUCAUACACAGUAGGGCUUUUGAGAGGACUGAAAUGAUUGGUCUUACCUCUUAUUAACACAAAUUCAAUCAAAUAAUACAGCAAUGCUUUACGCUUUAUUCCCUGCUGCAUCUGCCUGGAUACAGAAGGACACUCCCUCACACAGCACCGCAAUAGCAACAGAGUCAAAACUGUCAUUUAAAACAUAGAACAAUGCUGCCAGAGAAGGGAGAGAAAACGAGUCUAUCAUGAAAAAAACCAACACAAGGAGGCCCAAUGCUAAAUGCUGAUAAGUGGAAAGACAUGCUUUUUAAAACUAAGUAGUACUGCUUUCAAGGGUGGCUGGCAGGUUGCUUAUGUUAAUAAGAGAGAAGGUAAAUUGAUUUUAAAGCCUUUUUAGCAUUGCUUUUUACAUUCACUGGUGUCACUGAAGCUGAUUGUUAUGAUGCUGAAAGUAAGCAAAUAUAUUGCUGUGUGAGGAGGAAUUCAGGGGCUCUGUUGACCCACUGGCUCAGAAUACACACCCUGUUACAAAGUGAAAGAGGCUGUAUUUAGAUCUUUAACUGUUUAAAAUAAACCCCUAAACUUCCUCUGCAUGCUAACUGUGUGGAGCUCUUUUAACACUUAAAAUAAUUUUCAAACAUUAAUACUUUGUGUUAUGCUUACAUUUUCUUUUAAAUAUCCAAACAGCCCCCUUCGAGUUUCCAAAGUUUAUACUGUAACACAAUGGCAGCGUGGAGACUCCCCCCGGGUGAGAGCAGUGGGAGACUUUGCUCCACUAAUUAAAGGUUUAGGGGGUAGAGCAAUUAACAUUUUCACAAAACAGACUUCCUUCCUGGGUUAGUCAGUUUGUCUUUGGGCAUUUGUACAUUCACUCAAAGGAGUGCUAACCAUAGUUUUAAGAUCAGUUUUGCUAAUCUCUUAUAGGGCUUGUAAUUAUUAUCACUGCUGUCCCUUUUCUGCUGAAUUUUCUGUUGAAUUUAGUAUUUACAAUUUAGUAUUUCAUACUUCAUACUUCAGUUUGCUAUAUCAUGCUGCUGCAUGAAAUAUGAAAACAAGCAGCCGACCAAAAGAUCUUAAACACAAGAAAACAGGGAUCCUUGAUACUGCUGUUGAGAGGUACGAAAAAUAUAUUUAAACACACAGCACUCCUUUAAUCUGCAAAGGGGAAGAUGGGUAACCUUAAGACCGCAAACUCUUCACACUUCCUUCACAUUUAUACACUAGCAGCUAGCAGUGAAUUUGAUACAAAAUACAGCAAUUACAAUUUUAUACCAUUCUUAGUAAAGCUUGCUUUUUAAUGGAUCACCAUCUGGCUUUCAUUGUGAGUAACAUACUUUAUGAGGAUGAAGCCAGGGCUGGUCCACACUUUAGGCUUUGUUUUAAACUGUUCUCUUCACCCCCAGGUACUUUAAACAAUUUGAAGGGACAGCGCUGUACACAUGAUAUUGUAAAGUUUCUCCUAAUCAGCCAUGUCGGUGUGGGUUGUUGUGAUAUGUGUGUAUUACACCCUCUGUCUUGAACACUUGAAACCCUGCCUUAGCAUCAGCGAGGGGUGGUGAAUUAAAAAAACAUUCAAACUCGUGGGAGUAAAACAACAAACAUGCUGUAGUUUAGUUUUGUUUGGAUUGCAC